AUGGCUGAAGCGAAUCUUAAUUAUCAACUAAUUAAAACAACACAUGCAGCACGUGAAGCUGAUGAUCAACGAAUGGAAAAUCGGAAAAAGAAUUUAAUUAUUUUAGUUCUUCAAUGGCUUGCUGAUGAAGGUUAUGUUGAGUCUGCAAGACAAUUAGAACAUGAAACAAAUCUUGAUGUUACGAAGUAUGAUGUUUGUGAUAAUGUUGACCUCUAUACAAUAAUUCAAGAAUACGAGUCAUAUUUUUAUGUUAAAUUUAAUCGAUAUCCAAAAUUAACGAAGAAAAAUGGGCCAACGACAGCAGCAUUUAUGAGCAAAAUAUCUGCAAAAAUCUCCAAUGCACAGCCAGCAAAUCGUCGUCCACAGAUACCACCAAUAACUCGUGUUGGUAAUAAUAAUAGUACAGAACCUACUAGUCCUUCUGCGCGUUUACAAUCGGCUGGUGAUGCUCUUCGACGGACAGCAAGUACCAGUAAAUUUAAUCAACCUAUUAUCGAUAAAAAUAGUACACAUUCAACACCACCAUCGGCUGCACAAAAACAAACGUCUACACAACAACCAACAAAUAACAAUAUUAAUCAUUCUGCAAAUUCACUGGAGGAAAUGAGUCUUUCUUUUAUGAAAGUUUCAUCGGUUAAAUCCACACUAACAACUAAUGAACAACAACAAAAUGGAAAUAAGAAAAAAAAUACAGUGGUAGAUCCACGUGCUAAUCCCAAUGAUGCAAUUCGUGCAAAUGUCGCAGACAAUAUUGAUCCAACUGAUCGUCUAUUGAAACCAUUAGGCGGUUAUGCUGGCUAUAGUUCUGAAUGGCGUGAAUUAGCUGAAGUAAUCAGUCGAGUAAGUGAAAACCAAUGA